AUGUCAAAUCCCGUGGAAGAAGGAAAGCGUUUGGCGGCCUACCGAGCUGUAGAUGAAUACAUCAAGCCCGAACAUAAAGUGAUCGGUAUUGGCUCAGGUUCAACUGUGGUCUAUGUUGUUCAGCGUAUCCUGGAACGACCCGAAUUGAAGCAUCUUGUAUAUAUUCCUACGAGUUUCCAAAGUAAAUUGCUCAUUAUCGAAGGCGGUUUGACGCUGGGAAGUGUGGAACAAUAUCCUGUCAUUGAUGUGACGAUUGACGGUGCGGAUGAAGUCGAUAGUCAACUCAACGCUAUCAAGGGCGGCGGAGCCUGCCAAUUUCAAGAAAAGGUGGUUGCCGAAGCCGCCAAGAAAUUUGUCAUUGUCGCUGACUACCGUAAAAAGUCAAAGAUCCUCGGCACCCAGUGGUUGAAGGGAGUACCUAUUGAAGUGGUGCCUUUGACGUAUCAAUCGGUGAUCAACUCGUUAUUGAACAAACUGUCACUGCAACCACAAGAAGUGGCCUUGCGUAUGGCCGUGAACAAGGCUGGCCCCGUGGUAACGGAUAACGGUAACUUUGUCAUUGAUGCUCAUUUCGGACCCAUUGAAGAUCCUGCUUCUCUGUUGAAGGAAAUCAAACUGUUGACUGGUGUCUACGAAGUGGGCUUAUUCUGUAACAUGGCUGAAGUGGCUUUCUUUGGUGAAGCCGACGGCAGUGUGGAUGUUUUGAAAGCAUAA